AUGUCUGCAAAUUUAAAUAAUGGUAUUUUACGAACAUUAAAUCGUACUCCACAACAAAGUUCGAGUUCUUCAUCAAUGAAUGAAUCAGGUAGUUCUGUUAUUGAUACAAUUCGAAAACGUAUGCAACAAAUGAAAGAUGAAUUGGCUAAAUCGCAAGAUGAAUUGCAUGCAUAUCAGAUUGAACGUGAACGUGAAAAACAUGCACGAGAACAAGCCGAAGGUGAGAUAGGUGGUCUUCAACGUCGUACACAAUUAGUUGAAGAAGAUCUUGAACGUACUGAAGAACGUCUUACACAAGCUACACAAAAACUUGAAGAAGCUUCGAAAGCAGCUGAUGAAAGUGAACGUGGUCGCAAAGGUCUUGAACAACGUACAUACCAGGAUGAUGAACGUAUUGCUACACUUGAACAGCAAUUGGCUGAAGCACAGCUUAUAGCUGAGGAUUCCGAUCGAAAAUAUGAUGAGGUUGCUCGCCGUAUUAAUAUUAUGGAAGUAGCACGUAAAUUGAAAGUUCGUGAAGGUGAAUUGGAAAGACUUGAUGAUCGUGCACAAAGAUUUGAAGAUAAAAUUGCUCAAUAUGAACAGGAUGUGAAACAUUUACAUUAUGAAUUACGUUCGAAAGAAGUGUUUUUAACAAAGGCUAUACAACGUGAAGAAAGUUAUGAAGAACAAAUUCGUGAUUUAACUACACGUCUUAAAGAGGCUGAACAACGUGCUGAUCUUGCUGAACGUACAAUGGCCAAAUUGCAAAAGGAGGUCGAUCGUCUUGAAGACGAACUACUUGCCGAAAGAGAGAAAUACAAGAAUGUCAGUGAUGAACUCGAUAUGACAUUGAACGAAUUGUCGGGUUAUUAA